CGUGAGAAAAGUUCUGCUCUCCUUUACCUUGUUGAGUUUCUGUCAGGGUGCCAGCAGAGACUUGAAGAUUGCUUGUGUAGAAAGCUGCAAGAACAGUGUGGAACUUAAUUCCGUAGACUUGCACUGGGGAUGUGAUGUUGAAAGAAAACUCUCUCUGUGCAUUGAAGUAUGCAGCUAUUGGAACUACACAGUAUUUCACAAAUGUUUCAGUCAAUGUGAUUCAUCAUUCAAUCAGACAUGUGAGGUACAGAUCUGUCAGUUUAGCUGUAAAAGGGCUAAGGAAUCUUAUGUGUUCCACAUAACAGAGUCACUGAAUGAUCCCCAUCCUCCUGUGGCAAGUGCAAUACAUAGUACAUCAAUUCUUGUAAAAUGGGAACGAGCAAACUCAUCAGCAGUAGGAUAUAUUCUUCAGUGGAGGUACAGAGAACUAGCUGGGCAAUGGAUUUACACUGAAGUUAUUGAAGAUACAAUCUACAACAUCACAAAAUUGCACCCGUAUACAGAGUAUGUCUUUCGAGUGAUGUGGAUAGUAACAGACAGACUGUAUAAAUACUCACCUGAAAGUCGCUCUUACAGAACCAAACCAUAUGGCGUUCCAUCAUCAGCACCUAUAAUCAUUAAGAUUGAAAGUCCCAGUCCUACCUCAGUGGUUGUUGAAUGGAAACCACCCAUGUUUCUUAAUGGACCAUUAAUUGGUUACCACAUUGAGCUCCAGAGUCGUACUGAACGUUUCCUCAGGGAUGCAACUAAGGAACAACUAUGUUUUUCUAUUUAUCCUACUAAGCCUGGCACAAUGUACAGGCUGUCCAUAGCUGCAAGGAAUACUGAAGGAAUUGGACCUCUAGCCAGCAUGAAUGUGAGCACAUUGCCUCAACCAGAACUAUCUGAAAGUCUGGUACUUUGGCUGUCGAAACAAAAUACCGUAUAUGAAAGUAAAGCUGGAGAUUUGGAGGAGAUAUUUUGUACCAGAACAGAUUGGAUUGGUAACAGCAUCACUGGAAUUUCUGGUGACGUGCGUAAGAAAGAGUUAUAUAUUUCUGAGGGGCCACACAUUUGGGCACUAUCAGUUGGCAGCUCUAACCAUUCUCGUCUGAUUUAUCGGAGUGACAGAUUUAUCAGUGAUCUCUCUGCAGACUGGCUCUACAGCAAGCUUUAUUUUGUUGUAGACAAACAGGUAUUACGAUGUGAUGUGAGAAACUGCUCCACCGAAGUUGUCAUUUCAUUAGCUUCUUCUCCAGUUAAAAUAGUAGCAGAUCCAUUCAGUGGAUAUUUGUUUAUUGGUUUCAUGGAUAGCCUAUACCGCAUGGCUUUACCAGGACUGCUGUUGGAAGCUGAGAACAAAAGCAUGGAAACUAUAGUAGCAAAUACAUCACGUCUCACUUUCAGUUUGAACCCAUAUUUUAGAAGACUUAUUUACAUUAGUGGCAGAGGAGGCACAGUCCAUCAUAUAUUUUUGGAUGGGACAGAAAUGGGCAUGAACAGUUUACUGCCUUUUGAUACAGCCAGUAUUCAACAGGUAGUCUAUUCUUGUAAUUUAUGGGUUUUAACGAAUGGAAAGCAGGUCUAUAUUGCAGAAGAAUACGAUAAGCAGUUGUACCCUACCGAGGUGAGUGCGGAGUCAUGCAACGUGAAGGAUGGAAACUUUGACAACUUGUUUUUGUGGGACUUUUCUACUCAGCCUUUGCCAGUACCUCUUCAUGAACCCACCCACUUGCAAGUUGUCUUCGGAUCCAAUUCAGCAGCUUUAACCUGGAGAAAGCCUCUAACUGGGAAUGGGCUUGGACCUAAUGCGUGGCAGCAGUGGUCUUAUGACCUGAUAAUUAUAAAUGGUAACAUAAGCAACUAUAAAGAAGGAAUCGGUUCAACAAAUAUCACCUUGUAUGGCUUGAGCAGUACUACACUGUAUACUUUCAAGAUACGUGCAUCUUCUCCAGGUGGCAAAGGUCCCUGGUCUUCAAUAUUUCAAGGAACAACACUUAAAGAAGGUGUUAUUCCCUAUGUUCUAGCAGGAAAUGAAGUGGGGGUCUGGAAAGUUUUCUUGGAUAAAUUUACAAAUGAAAAUAUACUUCCAAGUGUGAAAAAUGCAAUAGAUUUAGACUGGCUGAAUAGUUCCCUCUACUGGACAAAUUCUACUGGUUUUGCUCAUGUUACAUCCUUAUUUGAUAGUGACAGUGAGACAGAUGUGAUACAAGGCUUGCAGAACGUGGGAGCAUUAGCUUUGGACUGGAUAACUAAUACCCUGUACUGGGCUGACAGUGAGAAAAAUAAGAUAUUCCGUAUGCCUUUGAAUUCAGAGGUAAUUACAAAGGUCAUGGAUGUUGCAGGAAAAAUUCAAGAUCUCCAGCUAGAUCCACUUCAGGGCUACAUGUACUGGACAACAGCACAGAGUGUGGAAUAUGCUCGGAUAAAUGGUGACCAUCCGGGCCUGCUUGAGAAACUGCCUAAUUUCUCUGGUAAACAGAUUUCAGGACUGACUCUGGACUUUGAUCUUGGAGCACUGUAUUGGCUUACACAGGAUAAUAUCAGGCUUGAAAUAAAUCAGGUGGACCUUAUCUGGAAAGGGAACAAAGGCAAAGUUAAAAAGAUUUUAUCUUCUGAUUCUUUGAAAACCUCUCAACAUGUGCUUCAAUACUACUUUGGCAAAUUGGUUUGGAUUAAUGAAGAAGGUGAUUUGCAAAUUGUCGAAAUGGGAAGAAAACAAACUGUUCACCUUUCUAGUGGCAUGCCCUUUAUAACAUUUGCUGUUGUACAUCAGAAACCACUACCAGAUGGUUUGUCUGAUUGUCCAGUUGUAAUUCCUAAUCCAGUUCCAGCAUCUUCAUUUAAGAUACAAGGGAACUCCUCCUGGAUCUGUAUUAAAUGGGAAAGUGUAAGAAGUGUGAAUUAUGGCAUGGUGUAUUAUAGGUUUGAAUCGCAAGCCCUUUUGAAAAUUCAGGACCUCAACGCUCCUCACUAUUGUGUAAGUGGUCUCAAGCCUUUUAAGGAGUUUGAUGUCACAGUGAAACCAUACACUUACUGGGGAUCUGCAACAGAGACACAAGUCACUCUCUUCUCUCCUGAAGCUGCACCAUCUGCUCCUGAAAAUCCAAGGAUUUUUGUGAAUUUGAAGAAGGACAUUCUGCUAGGUGUAAUGAACAUGGAUGUGGAAUUCAGGUGGAAUGUGCCUGCCCAAAUAAAUGGUGUUCUCAGGGGUUACACUGUGUAUUACACCACAGACAACUGCUCAGAAACCCUGCACGGAGAAGCACUGAAUGUUACUGCUGAAGUUACUACUUUCUCAUUGACUAAUGUGGACCCAGCGAAAACCUACUGUAUGCAGGUGGAAGGUUUUACAGAUGCUGGAUCAAGUAGCAGAACACGUGUUAGAAUGGGGAAUGUAACAGUUACAGGCACAGUGCCGUAUCUAUUAACCGUAAAGGACAGAAUGGUCACUAUUUUUGACGUGGACACUGGGCAAACUGUUCGGAAAAUGCUAGUCUCUGCUGUUAUUCACGUGGGUUACAUACUACAGACACAGACAAUAUAUUAUUUGACAGAAAACCUGAUCUUGAGUACAGCUUUGAAUGGUAAAGACAGAACUCAGCUUAUUGAGAGUAUCUUGUGCAGUGCUCCUAAAGGGAUGGCGGUUGACUGGAUUGGACAAAAAAUUUACGUGCUGUUGGAUAAACAAGAAAAUGCAAACAGUUCAAUUUAUGUUCUGGAUCUGGAAUUACAAGGAACAAAGCUAGAGAAAUUACUGUCCAGCAGCCAAAAUAUUUACUCAAUUGGAGUAUAUCCAAAGAAAAGCCUCCUGUUUUGGACUCAGCCAGUGUCUGGAGAUAUAAUUUUAGUGUCUUACAGUUUAAGUGAGCGAUUGCCUAGAACUCUCAUUGGCCUUCAUUUGCAAGUUGAUCAUUCUGUUCCUGAAGCAAUAGAUUGCAACUGCACAACAGCCAAGCUUCAUUUGGAUGGAAACUUUGCUGUUGAUACUACAGAUUCUGAGCCUGAGAGACUCUUUUUCACAACUCCAGACCAUGAAGUCUGGGCCUCGGAUUUAAAUGGCUGCAUAUGUUGGAAAAAGAUUAAUUUCACAGGAGCGACAGAUUUUGGUACAACAUCACUGACAGUGAAUUCAAAUGCAGUUUAUUGGAUAACUCGGGAUGGUGAUCAAUCUACAGUUUAUAUGGCUGAUAAAUUCUCAGGGAAAGUUAUAUCUGAAUAUCAAGAUUCCUCGCUAGUUGCAGUGAUGACAUUCGGUGAAGAGUCACAACCAUAUCCAGAUCCAAAGUGCCUAAUACCAAAAGCCUAUACAAGCAUGCCGCAAGUAGUAAAUAAAUCAGAUACUAGUCUGAUUAUUUACAUUCCACCUGUUGAGUUCCCUUCUACAUGCUCUGAAAUUAGCAAACCCACUCCCACUUACAUUUUGCAUUAUGCAGAAUACCUGGAUAAUUAUAUUGAUGCCAACUGUACCCAUGGAAUUCAGUGCUAUAAGAAGGAAGUGCAGACAAACAUCAUAGAGCUGAAAGGGCUGCAGUCUUACACCAGAUACCUCAUACAGGUUUCAGUGAGAAAUUAUUAUGGAGAUAUGUCAAAGGAGCUGGGUCCACCAGCAAUAAACUGGACAUGGUUUGGAGUGCCAUCAGCACCACAACAAGUAGAAGUAGUUGUAUUAUCAGACCACAGAGCAAAGGUUUCAUGGACUGCACCUUUAGAACCAAAAGGACCUAUAGAACAGCUUCGUUAUCAAGUACAAUAUAAUGGAAAUAAUUACUGGCCUGCUGUGCCUAUAAGAUUAGACCAACUAGCAGAUGGACAAAGACAGAUUGAACUAGCAAACCUUCAAAGUGGAACUGAGUACCAGUUCCAGGUAUUGAGUUAUCCCCCCAUUGGUGGAAGUUUUAGCUCAAGUGAAAUUGUCUUGGGAAAAACAUUUCUGACUCCUCAGUCUCCUCACCUUCUUUCAGUGGGAAAUAUCACAGCGACAAUUCUCUGGCAAUUUAUAUCCAAUUACACAAUGGAGAAAUACUGGUUUGAAAUUUCCCAGGACACCAGCAGAGAAAUUUGGAAACAAGUGCAAGUGAACUGCACCAAUAAUGUGGAUUACAGUUGCAUUAUUCUGGGUCUACAUCCAUCGAGAAUAUAUGCAGUGAGAGCAGUUGUUACUUACAAAUCAAACAUUUCAUGUGCAUCUGCCAUGAAAGUAUUUGAGACAAAAGCUGGUGUACCAGGUAAACCAGGUACACCGUAUACCGUUCAUGAUGUUAUUAACUGGAUUAAAGCAGAUGAUAAUGGGAAUAAUAUAACGUACUACAUUCUGCAGGUGCAGAAUUUCAAAAAUGAAACAAGGCUGCAGAACUUCAACAACUCGGAUGAAUGGAUCACUGUCUAUCAGGGUUCCUGCGGUAGUAAUAUCUGUACUUGGCGUAAUCAGCACUUGAGUGGGUUUUAUCAUGUGAGAGUUGUAGCAGUUAAUGGCAUCGGCAUGGGUGAAUUCAGUGAGACAAGUGGCGAAAUCAUCAUGAAACUCAAUGGUGAGAAAUAA